CGGAGUCGGGAUUGUGACCGUGACCCCGGGUAGGAGCCGCCACCGCAGCCACCGCAGCCGCCGCCGCCCAAGAUGUGGAGCAGCGCUGGCCGGCGGCGAGACCAACGCCGGAAACUUACCCUGCUGUUGCUGGUGGUCAUAGCCUUCCUGCUAGCCCGCUGGUUUAACUGGAGUAAUCUGAUGGCCAUACGGCGUUGGAACCGGCAUUUGGGACUGCAGGCUGAGGGCCAGAAUUUCAUACUGGAGGGCAACCCCUUCCAGAUUUUGGGGGGCUCUAUACACUAUUUCCGAGUGCCCAGGGAAUAUUGGAGAGAUCGACUGCUGAAGUUGAAGGCCUGUGGCUUAAACACCCUCACUACGUAUAUUCCCUGGAAUCUCCAUGAGCCAGAAAGAGGAAAGUUUAACUUCAGCGGGAACUUGGACGUAGAGGCCUUUGUCCAGAUGGCAGCAGAUAUUGGGUUGUGGGUGAUUCUGCGUCCUGGUCCCUACAUCUGCAGCGAGUGGGACCUUGGGGGCUUGCCCAGCUGGUUACUCCAAGAUUCCCACAUGGAGCUGAGAACAACCUACAAAGGCUUCGUUAAAGCUGUGGAUCAUUAUUUUAAUCAUCUGAUUCCCAGGGUGGUUCCAUUGCAGUACAAACAAGGAGGGCCCAUCAUCGCUGUGCAGGUGGAGAAUGAAUACGGCUCCUACGACAAGGACCCAAACUAUAUGCCCUACAUCAAGAUGGCCCUGUUGAAUAGAGGGAUCGUUGAGCUGCUUAUGACGUCAGACAACAAGGAUGGCCUGAGUGGAGGCUACUUGGAAGGAGUGCUGGCUACGGUCAAUUUAAAGCAUGUGGAUUCCAUGAUUUUCAACUAUCUCCAUUCAUUCCAGGAAAACAAGCCCACAAUGGUGACAGAAUAUUGGACGGGAUGGUUUGACACAUGGGGUGGUCCCCACAACAUCGUGGAUGCCGAUGAUGUGGUGGUCACUGUCUCGUCUAUCAUCCAGAUGGGCGCUUCCCUCAACCUUUACAUGUUUCAUGGAGGAACUAACUUUGGUUUCAUGAAUGGGGCUCAGCAUUUUGGUGAAUACAGGGCUGAUGUCACGAGCUAUGACUACGAUGCCGUGCUGACAGAAGCUGGAGAUUACACACCCAAGUUCUUCAAGCUGCGCGAGUUCUUCAGCACCAUCUUAGAUAAUCCACUGCCCCACCUGCCUGCCACACAACCGAAGGCCUCCUACCAUGCUGUGAAGCCCUCACACUACAUGUCACUGUGGGAUGCCUUGGAGCACGUGGGCAAGCCAUUUGAGUUCGAGAAGCCUGUCAAUAUGGAGAAUCUGUCAGUGAACCAAGGCAAUGGCCAGUCUUAUGGGUACAUACUCUAUGAGACUUCUAUCUAUGAGGGAGGCACUCUUUUCUCCAAGGACCACAUUCGGGACCGGGCCCAGGUGUUUGUGAACAAGAUGUACAUUGGACACAUGGACUAUGACAUUGAAGGACUGCCCAUCCCUGAGAGCCAGGGUCACCGUAAGCUGAGUAUCCUGGUGGAGAAUCGUGGUCGAGUAAACUACGGACAGAUGCUCAAUGAGCAGCGGAAAGGAUUAAUUGGUGAUAUCUAUUUGAAUGAGUCCCCACUGCGGAAUUUCAAAAUCUACAGCCUAGAGAUGAAAGAAAACUUCAUCCAGCGGCUCUCCUCCAUCAAGUGGAGUCAGAUCCCAGAGGAAGCCACAGGUCCAGCUUUCUUCCGGGGGACUCUUCACGUGGAUUCUAUAGUCCUGGACACCUUCCUGAAGCUUGAGGGCUGGGUCAAGGGAGUGGUGUUCAUCAAUGGCCAAAACCUUGGGCGCUUUUGGAACAUCGGUCCCCAGGAAACCCUCUACCUCCCAGGCCCCUGGCUGCACCCUGGAGACAACGAGGUCAUUGUGUUUGAGGAACAGAAGUCAGGCAUGAUCAUCCAGAGCAUGGACACACCCUACCUAGGCAGGAGCCACUACAUUGACUGAGCAGCCUGGCUCCAGUUUAUUUAGGAAAUCCCUGGCUGAGGUAGGGAAGAAGGACGUAGAGACCCUCUUCUCUCCAGAGCCUCUGAAAGCCUUUUUGGACAUCUCUCUACAGUGAGAAGAUCUUCUUCAGUACCUGCUCUGGGGAGGAACCACUUUUAUCCAUCACCCCCUGGCCUCUGGCCCAGCUGAAAAGAAUAUAAAGGGAAGGGAGAAUUGUCCUAACUGCCAUUAUAGACGUGAACCCUCUCUUGAGCUGUUUUUUUGUUUUUGUUUUUGUUUUUUUGCAGGGCAAUGAGGGUUAAGUGACUUGCCUAGGGUCACACAGCUAGUAAGUGUGAAGUGUCUGAAGCUGGAUUUGAACUCAGGUAGUCCUGAAUCCAGGGCUGGUGCUUUAUCCACUGCAUCACCUAGCUGCCCCCAUUGAGCUGUUUUUUUGAUAUGGGGGGGGGCGGCAAUUUCAAGUUUGCCCUGCCAGAUUGUAGGUGAAGAGUAGAAAAUCUUACACCAGAGUGGAGCUGUAGAAACCCAUCAUUCGGAGUGAGCCGCCACGGGUUUCUAUACUAGAUACUUAGACCAGUAGGUGAGAAGACAUUUAGCCAAUUGAAGCCUCCAUUCUCUGAUUGAUCCUUUGGGAUGUAAACAUCACUCCUCAUUUUCACCCUAGUAACAGUUUAAUUUGAACACUUCUAAAGGCCGAGGCUGCUGCCGUCCAGCAAGAAGCAUUGUUUCUAGGUAUUUCCCAGCUGGUGAAGAAGCCAGGUCGAUACUAGUCACUGACAAUUGGGGGUUGGGGAACAAAGUGGAUCCAACUUUCUCUCUCCCUUCCACCAUAACUGCCUGGAGCGCUGGUAUAUACAAUACAUAGCAGAGAAAGCUCUGAUUGAAGGACAUAAGACAUUGUCUUCCCACCCCUCCCCACCACAAACCCCUAGGAUAGGAGUGCAAUGUGACAAAUAGAGAGGUCAAAGUAUGGGGUGGUCAGGGCAGGAGGGCUCACUCGAUUGAUGCAACCCCCAUUUUUUUCACCAGAUAUAUCUAUUUUCAGUUUUAUUUAAACAGUAAAGGAAGCACUUGUGGAAAGGAGAGGUAGGUGCCCUGAGGUACCACUCUUGUGCCUGCCAGCAGAGGUCUUCACCUUGAAUCACUUAAGCACUCAGGGAAUGUGGGACUGCUCCAGAGGGCCCUCUGCCAGAUCCCUAUUACCUCCCCUCCCACAAAACACCUUUCUUACUCUCCUCUUCUGUCUUCUCUUUCCAAGAGGAAGGCCUCGGGGGAAGAGGUGGGCUCUGGCCUUCUCUUUCCUUUGGGAAUUGCUUCCUUUCCCCAUAGUUGGGGUUUUGCUAUUCUGGGAAUGGUGCCCAAUGGGUUGGUUCAGUUGUGUUCGAAUUGCAGUAAAGACAUUGCUUGUGGGGGCAGCUAGGUGGCACAGUGGAUAGAGCACCGGCCCUGGAUUUAGGAGGACCUGAGUUCAAAUCCGACCUCAGACCCUUGACACUUACUAGCUGUGUGACCCUGGGCAAGUCACUUAACCCCAAUUGCCUCCCCCCCCCAAAAAAAAGGACAUUGCUUGCGGUUUCCCCCGAACUCCAUUAGUAAGUGCUCGUUUGUUCCAGGAGACAAAACAGGGUUGGGGCAGGCCGAGGACCAAUGAGAUCUGCCUCUUGGAUGAUUUGGGGUGGAGGGGCAUUAGUCUAGUCUUCAGGUUAUUCAGAAUCCUCACUUCUCUUAAUCUGGAUCCUUCAUGCUCCAUGCUUUUCUGGGGUCUACCCUGCUCAGUGGCAGCUCUCCCCACAAUGAGGUGGGCAGGGGCACCGAGGAAGGGAGAGACAAUCCCAUCAAUCUCCUUCCCAGGUAAUGGAGGCUAAUGUAGCCCACCAUCACCCUGCUGUGUAUCAGCCUAAGUGGCUAAGGUCUCUGACUUGGGCAAGAUCCCUCCAAGCCUCGAGAAAAGCGGGAAGAACUUAGUCGGAAGGCCCUGAGUGAUACCAUGGGGUUAGUUUUGAUAAGAUUUAUACCUGGAAAAAAAAGACCCGCAGCCCUAAGGCUCGGGGUGUGAACAGCUGGGGAGGCAGCUAAAAGAUCUCUGGGAGGACUUAUGCCUCAGAAGCUGAAGCCUUCAAACCAAGAUGUUCAUUUUGUUGGUUUUUAGACCAGUGACUUCACAGUUAAAGGGAAGCAGGGGGCCACUAAUCCCGACAUAAGGUUCCCUGCAGGGCACAUAUUGGCUUAGUUUUUAAGAGGUGAUUUUAUCUGUUUUAUUGUAUUUUUAUUUAUUUUGUUAAAUAUUUCCCAAUUGCUUUUUAACCUGGUUCAGUCAACACAGGAAUGUUGGACACUUCUGGUUUAGACUUAAGAAAGUGUUAAUAAUGGAGAUAAAUGGAGAUAAACCAAAAAAGUGUGUCGUGUACUUUUUUUUCCUAGACAUUUAUUUCCCAGCACACCCCGGCCUAAGGGUGGGAAUAAGGGCUUUGUGGAUCCUGUCUUCCCACUCAUGGCUCUUCUACCCUACCUCUUCUGCCCAGAAGUGGGGGUGAACAGCCAUCUCUCAGUUCUAUACCUUAUGGAUUAUCAAUGGUAUGCAUGCUUUUCCCUCUCAGGCUUCCUCCCCUGUUGUUACCUAAGGCAGAUGAGACUCAGUAUCAGCCAGAGGUAAGCAUGAUUAUGAAAAGGAUCCUGCUGCAGAAAUUGCCUUGCACUGUGCAGCUCAUGUGUCCAGCCUCGAGGGUGCUUGUGGGCACUCUUAGUGUCCAGGCAGCACAUUGUUGAACCCUGUGUGAAUGAUUUGGGGGUGUGGAUAAUCAAGAGUUGACUGUGCUUGGAAGAACUGAGGAAGAAAGUGGUGCUAGGGGCAAGUAGUAUGGGUUCUUGUUCAAUCGUGUAACGAUUGGAAUGAUGCCACCUGCUGGAGACUUACUGUAGAAGAGUUCUGCCCAUGAAGCAAAGGUCUUUGAGGGCAAGACCAGGAGUCUUUUCUUUGGCGGCAGGAAGUGACGCGGGCUAGU